GCAUACAACGAGCAUGUCAUUAAACUGUCUUUUCGUAAAGUUUCUUUAGCGGACGCCACUUUGUCCCCAUAAGGAUGUUGUCUGUUAUAACAUAAGGGUUCUUACUGACUUUCUAAGCCCAUUCAAUGAUUUAGUUCUCAGAAUGCGGCCAUUGCUUUUACUUUUGGUACGUCUCGGUCUUUGAUCAUGCUGGCUGGUCUCACCUGUUGUCUGAGACGGCCGGGUGUGUAUUGCGGAGAAGCCAGCCCUUUGUUCCCGUUCGGCCGGCCCUACCGAUCAAUGGGCGGUCAUUGUUUUUUCUCCUCUGGUAGUUGAUUACCACCAACAUCAUAUGCAUAUGAAUGCGGACGUCCAUAUGAUAAACACGGCCGACGUUUAAUUAUUCCUGUCCCAAAGAGUGGUGCAAAUUGGGCUAUCGGCCGGAGGAGGGCUCAAAGGGGUGCUCAUAAAUAUCGUAGUCGGGACUUAGAUUAAAUCUUGAUGCCUGGCAAAACAGGCCAUCAGUUUGUCCAGCGAUAGCGAAGUGAACACACCUCUUGCGAUUGCCUCAGUCUUGUUGUUGCCCACACCAUGAUGAGAGUUCUCGUUUUCGUCACCGUAGUGACGACUGUCUGCACGGGAGUGAGCGGCGCGGCUGACGUGGACCCGAGGAUAGCCAGGCUGGAGUCGGCGAUGCUACGCGCCCUGGGGAUGACGCACAGACCGCGACCCAAGAGAGGAGCGACCGUGCCCAGGCACAUGCUGGAGCUGUACGGGCGGCAGGAGAAGCUCCGGGCCCAGACGGCCGGGGAGCAGUCCGGCUGCCAGUUCCCAGACGUCACCGUGCCGGGAAACAUCGUCAGGAAUUUCAAGGGCAAAUACCAUGACGCCGUCGACCCGUCUCCCACGGCCUGCUCCAGCCAAGGCGUGACGUACUCCGUCUCUGCCGUCGCCGCCGAGGAGUUCGUCCGUUCCGCCGAGCUGAGGGUGCCGAUCCCGGACGACCCGCGAGUCUGGUCCGUGGCCAAGGCGUACACCGUCAGCGUCUACCGCGUCCUGCAGCCCGGUAAGGCCGCCAGCGCGGACAGUCUGGAGCUGCUCCAGUCUCACGUCAUCACGCCGUUCGACAGAGACGACGUCAAGACUUUCAACAUCGUCAGCGCCGUCCAGCACUGGCAGAGACGGGCGGAGGACAACCACGGCCUGCUGGUGUCCGUGGAGGCGGUGAAGGCGGAGGACGGGACGAGGCUAGACUCCUGCCCGCAGUUCAGCAUCACAGACGCGGAACUGUUCGUCAUCUCCACGGACAUGCAGCAGUGCAGGAGCCGAGACAAGCGCUCCGCCCGGACGGUAGACUCCUCCAACGGCCCG